AUGGCAGACCCCCCUGGUUGCUGCUCUACCUGUGCCACCUGCCUGCUCUGCCCCUACAGCUGCCAGUGGAUCACUGCCAAGAAGGAGAAGAGGAAGGGCCUGAGAACCACCAAGUAUGAUUGCAGCUGGUUCCUUUUCCUCUUCUUCGUCUUCCUCUUCACAUUGGUGUGGCUCUACUUCGCUAUCAUCAUCCUCAAUGAUUUCCACAACUUCAAUGAAUUCAUCUUCAGACAGAGGAAGCUGUGGCUGGACUGGUCCCUGGUCCUACUCAUAGCUACGGCUGUGCUGAUCAGCUACUCGUCUGUGCUGCUGGUCCUUGCUUUGUUCUUGCAGCUCUGUGGCCAGCCCUUGAAGCUACAUUGGGUGCACAAGAUCCUGCUGAUCCUGACUGCCCUGGUGGUAGCUGCAGCCUUCACAGGGCUGGGAAUAAAGUGGGCGGAGGAGUGGAAAAGUGCACAUAUCUCCCUGCAGGCAACAGGUCCCUUCCUGCACAUUGGAGCUGUGGGGGGAAUGACGCUCCUUGCCUGGCCCCUGGCCAGCUUCAUCUACCGCACUCGCAGUACAGGUCUCAGGGUGUUUGUGCUGCUUGUGUACUGUGCAGCAAUGAUUGCACUAUACCUGGCUCCCUUGGGAAUCACCUCCCCUUGCAUCAUGGAGGAGAACCAGCUGCCCCCCAAGCCAGCCCUAGUUGGCCAUCGAGGAGCACCCAUGCUGGCCCCCGAGAACACCCUCAUGUCACUGCACAAGGCAGUGGACUGUGAUGUGCAAGUCUUUGAGACAGACGUCAUGGUGAGUGCUGACGGGGUCCCAUUCCUCAUGCAUGACGAGGAACUCACCAGGACCACCAACGUGCAGGCUGUGUUCCCUGAGAGGGCUGCCCUGAACAGCACUGCCUUCAACUGGACAGACCUCCAGCAGCUGGAUGCUGGCAGCUGGUUUCUGGAGCGGAGGCCAUUUCCCACUGUGCAGGGUCUUUCUCCUGGUGAUCGCCAGGAGGCAGCUGAACAGAGGAUCCCGUCCCUGGAACAGGCUCUAGAGGCAGCCAAGCACAGCAACAUCUCCAUCAUGUUUGACCUUCGGCCUGAGAACCACAGUGACUACCAGAACUUUGUCAAUGUCACCCUGGGAGUGAUUUUAGAGUCAGGCAUCCCACUGCAGCAGGUCCUUUGGCUUCCAGAUGGGUUCAGGGAAGAUGUCAAACAGCAGGCCCCAGGUGUCCAGCAUGUCUACGGCCGGAAGAGAGUUGAGAAUGAGAAGGAGCCAGUACUGCACGUCAAUCUGCCCUACCAGGACAUGAGCUCUGAGGAGAUCAGGCAGUACCGCCAGGACAACAUCUCUGUCAACUUGUACGUGGUGAACCAGCCCUGGCUCUUCUCCGUGCUGUGGUGUUCAGGGGUGAGCUCUGUCACCACCAACGCCUGCCAGGUGCUAAAGGAGAUGAAACACCCCAUCUGGCUGCUGCCCAGCAGCACAUACUUCAUGAUCUGGAUUGUUGUAGAUUGCGUUUCUUUCCUUAUCAUCAUCUGGGCCUUCGUCUUGAUGAAGAAAUGUUCCCACAGGAGACGGCCAGCGGAGUCUGAGACGGAUGUGCUGCUCACAAAGAUCAACAGCUUGAUGCAAGAGUGA